GGAUCGGCCCAUGUGAUAGGCCGACCCAACACUACGACCGCCUCUCUCUUGCGUCGGCAACAGCAGCGCAGCCAGUAGCCCAUUACUCCUUGCUCCACGCCGCCGCUCGAAACCGGCAGAAGUUUAGAAGAACGGGGAGGGAAGCACGCCCCCAAACGUUCCGAGGUUUCGCCUCUCGGAGCGCACCAACGCCACCCGGAGCGACUCGCCACCGGCGCGGAGAAGGAGGGCGGAGGCUAGGCGAUGGCGGACGAGAAUGAGGCUGGGAAGAAAGAGGAAGAGGAAUUUAGCACAGGCCCUCUGUCAGUACUAAUGAUGAGUGUUAAGAACAACACCCAGGUUCUCAUCAAUUGCCGCAACAACAAGAAGCUGCUUGGCCGGGUUCGUGCUUUUGAUCGCCACUGUAACAUGGUGCUCGAGAACGUGCGGGAGAUGUGGACAGAGGACUUUCUUUCCAGGUCCCCAAGACUGGCAAGGGCAAAAAGAAGGCUCUGCCUGUGAACAAGGAUAGAUUCAUCAGCAAGAUGUUCCUCAGGGGCGACUCGGUCAUCAUCGUGCUGAGGAACCCCAAGUGACAGCCCAACCGGAAGCCAGGUCUCUGUUGAAAACUGUAGCUUAUGAUGUAUGUUGGGGAUGAUUAAGGCCUUGUUCGUUUACGUCGGAUUGCAACCGGAAUCAUUCCAGCUAAUCAAAGUUUAUAUAAAUUAGAGAAGUAAUCCGGCUAGGAAUCGUUCCAACCCACCAAUCCGAUAGAAACGAACAAGGCCUAACUGGUUAUCUUGAACUGACGUUCAUGUGGCAUCGCAAUGGCACAUGAACAUACGGCGUUCCAUGAGUUUGUUAACCGGAAUAUGAACCUACCACCUGCGGUAUUUGAUCCCUGAGUGUUGAGUUUGCACUUCUGCUUAUUAUUGCCU